AUGGAAACAAAGAAACAAAGCUCCGUUCGAAAUUUCCUUCAGGUAACACCCAAAGAAAGUACAGGAUGGAUAGAAUCGCUAAUUGUCACAACGGUGCAGACUUCCGUGGGUCAGACAUUGUUCAAACUCGUAGACUCGUUUUUAUGGGUUGUCGAAAAGUCCGCACAAUGGAGCUUACCAGCUCAGGAGGUCGCGGCCGAGGAGAAUGGCAAGAUAUUUGGGAAGAUAGAACUCGUGAGACCUCUGCCGUGGUUGCUUUUUCUACCGGGAUUAGUGAUCCUUCGAAUCAUUAGAGUCGGGCUCAACGUGGGUGCUUAUAUUCUGGGCUACCCACGGAUGCAAGCGAGCGGAAUGGACAAGACGAUGAUCGAGGCCAAGAAGGCCCUGAUCAAAUCCAUCAGAUUGACUCUGUCGACUUUGUCUUGUCUGGAAACGUCCAAGUCGUCGCAUUCGCCGCCACCGACGAAAAUUCGCAUAAGUCGCACGGAUCUCGAACCAGCACCAACAUCAGAAUCUGUCGGCAGUCCGAUACACCAGGACGCAAAGCGUAAAUAUUCUCAAAUGAGUUUGGAUGAUGAGAGCACCGAGGAAUCAGAGAACGAGACCACACGUGCGAAACUUGAGAGGCUGGCAGACUGCGAGAGCGCGGAUGAUAUCAGUUUCAAUCCUAUCGAUUGUAGCACAAGCAGCACAGGGAGCAGCGAAUGCGAGACGAAUAAAGAGGUGUCUAUAACAGAGUUGAACGAACUUCGACAGGAGGCUGGAGAAUUGUUCGAGAACAGCAAGAACAAGAUCGAAGACGGGAACAAGGAUCUGCCAGUGAACGAGAACGUGGAGCCGAAUUCGAAGAACGUCGAGAUGACGGAGGACAGUGUGGAACAGGACGUGGACAGUUCGGGUGAGUCCGUGUAUUGGUCAGCAAUGGAAUUCGAUGAAGACUGUGACACGAUGUUUAACGGGGCCAUACUCGGUUGCCCGAGUGGUUCACCAGGGCAAUCGUUGUCUAUCGAGCCAAUCGUUUCAGUACGACAGUGAAGCCAGAUCCAUUGAAAGUGACACCAGAAGGUACACCUGAAGUUACAUUAGAAGCAGCGCCAGAAAUUAUACCAGAAGUUAAAUCAGAAGUGACACCAAAAGUUAAAUCAGAAGUGACACUAGAAGUUACACCAGAAGUUACAUCAGAAGUGAUACCAGAAGUUACACUAGAAAUUAUACCAGAAGUGACACCAGAAGCUACAUCAGAAGUUAAAUCAGAAAUAACACCAGAAGUUACAUCAGAGGUUAAAUCAGAAGUAACACCAGAAGUAACAUCAGAAGCGAUACCAGAAGUUACACCAGAAAUUACACCAGAAGUUACAUCAGAAGUUAAAUCAGAAGUAACAGCAGAAGUAACCAAUGGAGUAAUCAUCGAAAAACAGACUCCACAAUCAAUUCCUAUCCCAUCAUCAGAUUGUACACUAUCAGAAGCUACUGCGCGUGCAAGAGUAAACUCUGCAAAUUUUCAAGAAAAGAAGAGUAACAAAAAAAAAUAUGGACGUCACAGAGACAAGUAAACCUCGGUUUGGAAACUUAGCCUAGAUGGAAGAAGCAUUGUUCUAUCGUGUUUUAACGUUCAACGUUUCUCAUCAUUCAACGUUCCUUUAAAAAACGGGAAAAGGAAAAUUGAAAAGAAGAAUCCUCAUCACAUCUUAAAUUCUACGAUUCUUUUCUCUUAUUUUCCUAUUUUUUUUUUUUUUUUCUUUCAGCGAUCACAUUAUUGAUAAAACGAAUUCUAUUAAAUCUAAAUAUUUAGAUUAG